AUGGAUAUCAAAGCCAGAUCAAAGGCUAUGAGAGAAAUACUCACACGACUCGUAGAGAGAGCCCACGGCGCUAUUCAAGUCAAAGUUUUCGGUGAUAAGGUUAUCCUUGACGAGGAUGUCGAAAAUUGGCCCCGCUGUGAUGUACUUAUUUCUUUCUUUUCCACCGAUUUCCCCCUAGACAAGGCCAUAUCUUAUGUCAAACUGCGUCACCCCUUCUGCAUCAACGACCUUGUACCGCAAGCCUUACUAUGGGAUCGUCGUCUGGUCGGAGCUAUUCUCGACCAUUUACAGGUCCCGACACCUAAGCGACUAGAAGUUUCUCGCGAUGGUGGUCCUCAAGUUGAUGCAGAACUCAAAGAUGCAAUGUCCAAGAAGCUUGGCGUCACAUUGGGUGGCUUUAGAGUGACCCCUGAGGUUUCACUUCGCCAAGAUGAAAAUGCCAUCGUCAUUGACGGUCAAGUCCUGGAGAAACCCUUCGUAGAAAAACCUGUUAGUGGUGAAGACCACAAUGUUUAUAUUUAUUUUCGUGGGGGUGGGGGGCGCCGCCUCUUUAGGAAGGUCGGUAAUAAGUCAAGUGACCUUGAUCCUUCAUUGAAUCAUCCGCGGACGGACGGAUCAUAUAUCUACGAGGAGUUCAUCGACGUCGAUAACUCUGAGGACAUCAAGGUCUACACGGUCGGCAAGGAUUACUUUCACGCUGAAACUCGAAAGUCUCCUGUGGUUGAUGGCGUUGUUCGUCGAAACACAGAAGGCAAGGAGAUUCGGUUUAUUACCCAUCUGAGUGAGAAAGAGAAGACGUACGCGGCGAAAAUAUGUCAAGCAUUUGGUCAGAACGUUUGCGGCUUCGACAUGCUUCGAUGUGAGGGAGGCAAGAAAACUCAGAUCAUCGAUGUCAACGGAUGGAGCUUUGUCAAGGGAAAUGAGGGUUAUUACGAUAAGGCUGCCGAGAUCUUGGCUAACCUGUGCAUUCACGUGUCAUCCUCGCCAGAACGUCCGGUACCCUCAGCAGAUACUACAACCAGAGGGCAGCCACCAACAUGGAUCCUCAAGGCGAACGUAACAGUCUUCCGACAUGCUGACCGCACGCCCAAACAGAAGUUGAAAUUUAAUUUUCCUAUCGGUGACGUAUGGACACAGCCUUUCGUUCGGCUACUCAAUGGAGAGAAAGAGGAGAUCAUCCUUCGUGAGACAUCUCAACUGAACCUCAUCGCCCAAGCAGUCGAGGAGGCAAAAGCUCUGGGCGCGGGUGGCGAUGACCUGGCGAAACUCACGCAGCUCAAUACUGCGCUCUUCAAUAAGAUCAAUCUUCCUGGGACUAAAGCGCAGCUAAAGCCAGUGUAUUCGAAGAGACAGGCUGGACAGGCAAGGAGAUUAACAAAGCUGACACUGGUCUUCAAGUGGGGCGGUGAAUUCACGCAUUCAGCAAGAUACCAAUCCCGCGACCUGGGAGAGAAUAUGAAAAAGGAUCUGACCAUUAUGAAUAAAGAGGCUCUUCAAAAUGUCAAGAUCUAUACCUCAUCCGAGCGCCGCGUGAUUGCAUCCGCCGAGAUUUUUGCUGCAGCACUCGUCGACAACGCCUCUUCGAGUUUUUCCGCUUCUUCGUCGACUCCUAGCAGCUCCCUUUCCUCUCGCUCCUCCCAAGAUGGCAGAUUAAGCUCACAAGGGGCAGCACCUCCGGAACUGAUCAUUCGUAAAGACCUUCUCGACGACUCCAAUGCAGCCAAAGACUUGAUGGACGACGUGAAGAAACGCCUAAAGAUAUUGCUGAGACCCGGUGAACCUGAGAAGCGUCCUGAGCUCACAUGGCCAAAGAGCAUGAAAAAGGAACCGGUCGAAGUUGUCAAGGAGGUUAUCGAACUUUUGAGCUCCUUCCGGGCAAUCAUGCACAAGAAUUUUGAGACUAUGGAUGUAGACACGAUUCAGGAACGAUGGUGUUGCGAUGAUGAACCUUGGUUGUUCAGAGAACGCUGGGACAAACUGUUUGAGGAUUUCUGCGAUGUCGAACAAAAGAAGUUUGACCCCUCUCGUGUCUCUGAGCUUUACGACACCAUCAAGUAUUGCGCACUGCACCACCGAACAUUCCUGUUCUCCAUCUUCGACCAAAACGCUGGCCAUGGCCAGGAUCCGAGCCAGACUCAAGACCGCAAGUUGCAUGAACUCUACGGGCGUGCUAAAGCCCUGUUUGAUCUAGUGGCGCCUCAGGAAUACGGCAUUGAGGCUGAUGAAAAGGAGCAGAUUGGCGUUCUGACUUCAUUACCACUACUUCGGAAAGUCGUAGAAGACCUGGAGGCUGCGCGAAACAAUGGCGCCAGUUCCUUGACCCUUUAUUUCACCAAAGAAAGCCAUAUUCAUACGCUUGUCAAUCUCGUGCUGCAUUCCGGCCUACCAAUUGCGAAUAGGCGGAUACCCGAGUUAGACUAUUGUUCCCAUAUCACAUUUGAACUCUACGAACGCAAUUUUGGACGCGGGAAUUCUGAUAAGGAAUAUUCGAUUAGACUCUCCCUUAGUGAAGGUGCUCACUCGUCGAACGUCCUGGACUCCACCUUGGAUGCACGUCAUUCUUUAAAUGUACAGCCUCGAAGAAAAUUGACGCAACACCUGCCAUAUAGUCUCGUGAUCGAGAAACUUUCUAAGCAUUUCGGUAAAAUGACCGAGGACGAUGACACGGGAACCGAUACUCCAUUUGAGGCAAAUAAAUUCCGGGGACAUUUCCCUAGUAUCAACGAUACUAAUAGCAGCAGCGACGAUAGAUGA